CUGCAAAUCCCAAAAACAAUAAAUAAAAUAAAAUAGAAAUUGUGGUGUGUUUCGUCGUCUUCUUCUAAUUGUGUUCUUGAUCCAAUCUUCUCCUUCCUUGAUUGUCUCCACCGAAACAAAGAAAACAUCUGAAUCAUAUAUCAUCUUCUCCUUCCUCCUCCUCCUCAUCAUUAAACCCCUUUCUCUCUCUCUCCAUCUUCUUCAAAUUAUUAUUCUUCUCCAAUUCUUCGUUUCAUCUUCUAAUUCUGCGAAUCUGAGCUUUCUGGAGCUGUGAUCUCCUUGAUCGUUUCCUUACGUUUUAACAAAAUCUCGCAUUUGUUUCGAUUCGAGAGCACCAUAAGAAGAAUCUUCCUUUGUGUUUCCGAGGCUGCUCGAUUGUUUCUCUUGUAAUCACACAGUGCAAGAGAUUCGUGUAUCGAGUGAAAAAAGACAAAAGUCUUGUGCUUGGAACUUUUGUGAAUGCUCCGGCGAGAGGUUGGAUCUGUAAGUCAAAAGGCUUGGGAAUAACCUCAUCGCCACCAAUGGAGAACGGAGGCUCGACCUCCUCCUCUGGAUCAUCAUCUUCCCUUCAAGCCUCUAUGCAAGAAUUCAAACUCUUUGAGACUCAAUCGAAUUUCUAUAUGAUUGGUUGGAACGGUAAUGGAGUGUAUAGAGUACUAAAGAUUGACCGCCUUGAUGCGUCUGAGCUUAAUGUUAGUGAGGAUUCAACUGCAUAUACCAAAAAGGAAUGCUACGAGUUGCUUAAACGGAUACACGAAGGAAACAAGGCCACAGGCGGUCUGAAACUUGUCACUCUAUGUUAUGGCAUCAUUGGGUUCAUUAAGUUUUUGGGACCAUACUACAUGCUGCUUAUUACUGAGAGAAGAGAGAUUGGCGAAAUUUGUGGUCACAGGGUCUAUGAAGUGUCCAAGAGUGAGAUCAUUUCUUUGCGAAAUUCUAGCGUGCUCUCCAACUUUGCAAAUUCAAGAGACGAGAACAGGUACAAGAGGCUCCUGUGUAUGGUGGACCUUACAAAAGACUUCUUUUUCAGCUAUUCUUUCAAUAUAAUGCGUAGUUUCCAGAAGAAUAUAUGCGACCGCGAGAGUGGUGGUACUCUCUAUAAGAAAAUGUUUGUUUGGAACGAGUUCUUGACUCGGGGAAUUCGACAUCAUCUUCGGAAUACCGUUUGGACUGUAGCAUUGGUGUAUGGUUUCUUUAAGCAGACAAGUCUUUCUGAAGCUGGACGGAAUUUUAAACUCACUCUUAUUGCUAGGCGCUCCCGCCAUAAUGCUGGAACCAGGUACUUGAAACGAGGAAUAAACGAAAGUGGCAAUGUUGCUUAUGAUGUCGAAACAGAACAGAUAGUGUCUGAGGACGUUCCUGAAGACCAUCCCAUGCAAAUAAGUUCUGUUGUGCAGAAUCGUGGCUCAAUCCCUCUAUUCUGGUCACAGGAGACCUCGCGGAUGAAUAUUAAGCCGGAUAUAGUAUUGUCAAAAAGGGACCUGAACUUUGAGGCAACUAGACUUCACUUUGAAAACCUUGUAGAUCGAUAUGGAAUCCCCAUCAUUAUUCUGAACUUGAUCAAGACAAAAGAGAGGAGACCCAGGGAAUCAGUUCUCCGGGCAGAGUUUGCUAAUGCAAUUGACUUUAUAAACAAAGAUCUGCCUGCAGAAAAUCGUUUAAGAUUCCUCCACUGGGACUUGCACAAACAUUUCCAGAGCAAAACAGCAAAUGUCUUGGCACUUCUUGGCAAAGUAGCUACCUGUGCUUUGAUGCUAACAGGUUUCUUUUAUUAUCGAGUUACCCCAGCAAUGAAGCUCGAUGGUUAUCUGAGUUUGUCUUCAUCUGAUGCGGACAUGUCUCCACGUAAUAGUUCUGAUGAUGAGAGUGGGGAAUAUGAUUCCCCAGAGAAGAAUUUUCGCUCAAGUAAGAAUGUUGAUGAUGGCGAUUAUGAUGUCAAGCCUAGUAGGCUUCAGAGUGGCGUGCUGAGAACCAAUUGCAUAGAUUGUCUUGAUCGUACAAAUGUUGCACAGUAUGCAUAUGGUUGGGCUGCUCUAGGACAACAGCUUCAUGCUUUGGGAAUCAGAGAUGCUCCUACGAUAGAACUUGAUGAUCCUCUGUCAAGUUCAUUAAUGGGGUUAUAUGAGAGAAUGGGAGACACGCUAGCUUAUCAGUAUGGUGGAUCUGCAGCCCACAAUAAGGUUUUCAGUGAGAGGAGAGGCCAAUGGAAAGCAGCAACCCAGUCACAGGAGUUUUUGAGGACUCUGCAACGAUAUUAUAAUAACGCAUAUAUGGAUGCGGAUAAACAAGAUGCUAUUAACAUAUUUCUUGGUACUUUCCGGCCUGAACAAGGGAAGCUGGCGGUUUGGGAGUUGCGUUCAGAUUCCCAAUCCAAUGAGAGAAAUGGAGAAUUAAGCAUGGAGGAAGAUGAAAGGUUCUUUGUGAAGAGGUGCUUAUCAGAUGGAAAUAUUCUCCAUGAAAGUCGCACACCGAUGUCUGCAAUGAGUAGCAAGCAUGAAAGCAUAUCACGUAAAGGCUUGUCAUCACGCCAAGUGACUCGUAUAGUUUCAGAGUCAUCACCAGAUAUGCCAGCUGCUGAUGUAGCAUUAUCAAGGUGUGCUCCGUCAAUGCCUAGCUCACAUUUUUUUGGAGAUGCGCAGAAGGUUCAACGUAAUGGUAGUAACUCCAAUUACUUGUCCGAGGAGGAAGACAUGUCUAGUGUCUCAAAUUUUGUUGAUGUUGAGUGGCUUUCGUCAUCGGAAAAUCUAUGCAAGAACGAUCAAUUGUACAGGCCGUCAGCGCUUGCUAGCUGUUCAACCGCAGAAAUGUCAUCAUCGGAGAUUAUCAGCAGUGAAAUAAAACAGUCAACGCCAGCUAUGAGCGAGAGUGGAUCAAGCAGCAGGAAGGGAAAGGAACCUAUGGGAACCGAACCAUCUGUCCACACAAAUAUUCGCGAUGAUUUUACGGAUAGCUUCAAACAAUGGGUAGCAUAUGGAGAGGCACUCUGCCAUUGAAGCUCUUUCAACUUUCCAUUUCCAACAAGAACAGACGUUGCCUUCACCAUACUUAUGGUAUUUUAUCCACAUUUGGGUAUUACGGUGCAAUCAUGGAGAAGGGACUGGUAUAGAGAUUCACGGUACCACAUAUUUGUCACUUGACGUUGGUGACCAAACGGUCAAAAGAGGUAUACACUAAGGAGGAGCAAAUAAUAAUUAAAAACAGGUGACAUCUUGAGUUUGCAUAGUAGUGAAAUUAUCAUCUUUGUGGUGAGAAACUUGUGAUAGUUGAGACUUUUGUUAAGGCUUUUUUUUUAUUGUUUAUGUUUGAAGUCUCAAUUCUGUUGUAAAUAUCUGUUGAUUAUUAAAUCUUAUCUUGUAACUAUU